AUGGCCAAGAAAUUAUCACCUUUGGCCUUUACACAGGCUGUGGUCAAGUCGUUCAUGGCCCAGUCCGGCCUGGAGCCGCAACUACUUGGGCCCAGCCGGUUUCGUGUCACGAGUGCCGCCAAGGGCAAGGUUGACUUUGAACUGGACAUUCACAAGGACCACACUAACCGCUUACGUACCAUACAUGGAGGUACAUUGGCUGCGAUUGUCGACUUGGGCGGCAGCUUGGCCGUCUCGUCCCACGGACGAUGGAAGACGGGCGUGUCGACUGACAUCAACAUUAGCUAUUUGAACCCCGGCGGCAAUCCCGGUGAUCUGCUCAAGGGUGUAGCCGUCUGCGACAAGAUCGGCAAGACGUUGGCGUACACGACGGUUCAAUUCUUCAACAGCAAGGGUCAGCUAGCAGCCCGCGGAAGUCACACAAAAUUCGUGGCUGGCACGGAGAAUGAGCUGGGCGAGUACGUUGUACCCGAGGAGUUCUCCGAGGUUGAUUAA